UGGCGUUUGACACGCCGGUCGUGCGCGCUGCGCCUCACCCAUUUAUACUCGUGGUAUAAUUAUUAUUAACUCUCUCGUUUAUUUAUAUUUAUACUACCUCGUUUGCAUUCGUGUAUAAACAGUCUAAACACGGCUAAACACUAGCUCUAACUGCGUAGUCAUAAUUGUAAUAUAUAAAUUUAAAUUAAAUAAAAAAAGUAAUAAACAUCUACAAGUGACCUUGUGUGUGCAACGUGUUGAUUGAAUUAGGUAAUCUGUGUACAAUUGAUAUUGUUUGUGUGUGGUUGUUAGUAAACAAUGGCUGCCUCAACUGCAAAGUAUGCUCUGGCUGCUGGAACAGCUGAAGUUCCAGCUAUGGACCGGCUCGUUCACCUAGGAACAGUCUCUAUUGACCAGCGAGGGUCUGGCUUCAAAGGCAACAAGUACACAGUGCACAGCGACGGAGAGCUAUUAUUCAACUUAAAGGAAGAUGGUCAUGCCUUCACCUUCCUCAACCAUGGGAAGACGAGAGGGUUCCACAUGGAUGGUGUGGAUAAUAAUGGCAAACAUAUCUUCGUUCUCCGUCGGCCAGGGGUGCUGAUGUCGGAUAAGGUGGAGCUGCACAUGGGAGGGAAGGUGGUCAGCAUCGUGCGCAAGGAGCCCACUCUCAUGACUCCAGUCUUCAACAUCAACAACGCACAUGACGUCCCAACACUACGGCUCAAGGGAGAAAUCACUGAUUACGACUUUCAGUUGCAGACGAUGAACAAGACGAACAUCGGGAGCAUCAACAAGAAGUUCCGCGGCAUGCUGGAGGAGAUGUUCAGCUACAAUGACAACUACGUCAUCAAGUUUCCUACAGACCUGGAUGUGCGGUUCAAACUUGCUGUUAUAGCAGCUUGCGUCUUAAUUGAUUACCGGUACCACGAGCGUUAGCGAAGACGACAACCAUUUAUUUGGUUCAAUGUUUCUUUAAAUGUAGGUACUUGUAAGUGUAAUUGUUUUGUAAUUUCUAGUU